AUAUGCCCGAAACAGUAUCAGAUAUACUACGAUGGGCAGAUGUUUUUAUCUCCGAUCCCUUUACUAUAAAUGUCCCGGCGGAUCCAGGAGUUGUCGUCUUUCUUAUUUCACUCCGUUUAAUUCCCAGUUAACCCAUAGCUCACUUGAACCAUGUCUCCUUCUAUGCCCUCAAUAAGCAUCUCCAUGCUUGCCCUAGGACUCAUACCGUUCAUCACGGGUGCCUUAGCAGACUUGUCUUCAUGUCCAUCGGAUACACCGUUUAGCUGCCAAGGCAGUUCCUCCCGUCUUAAAGCCAGAGCCAGCGAUAGCUGCUGCGUCAACUCUCCGGGAGGAAUGCUCCUACAAACACAAUUCUGGGAUACAGACCCAUCCACGGGUCCAGAAGACUCCUGGACCAUCCAUGGACUAUGGCCCGAUAACUGCGACGGCACAUACGAAUCCUCCUGCGACUCUUCCCGAGCAUACAAGAACAUCACGGACAUCCUGCAAGCACAAGAUCGCACCCAACUGCUCUCCUACAUGGACACAUACUGGGUGGACAUAAACGGCGACAACGAGCAAUUCUGGUCCCACGAAUGGAGCAAGCACGGGACGUGCAUCAAUACGAUCGAACCCAGCUGUUACACCGACUACACGCCGCAGGAGGAGGUGGGCGAUUUCUUCCAGAAGGUCGUCGAUCUAUUCAAGGGGCUAGAUACGUAUAAGGCGCUUGCGGAUGCGGGCAUCAUGCCCGGUUCGGACGAGUACGAUCUGUCUGAUCUGGAGGAUGCACUAGCUAAGAUUCAUGAUGGGAAGAAGCCACAGCUUUCUUGUGAGAGUGGAGAGUUGAAUCAGGUUUAUUACUAUUUUGUUGUGCAGGGGAAUGCUAUUGAUGGGACUUAUAAGGCCGUUGAUUCUGUGCAAUCUUCCAAUUGUCCCUCCUCUGGCAUCACUUAUGCAGCUAAGAGCGGCAGUGAUGGGUACUCUAGGAGGUAAUUCUACAUCG